ACACGAAGUACGAACGAACGGUGAAGGAAAUGGGAGAGGAUUCACAUUCAAGGACGAAGAAUUGAACAAAAUUAUAUAAAUCUAUUUCAGAAAGAAAAAGAAGAAGCAUAUAAACUAUUUAAAAUUCGGAGCUUUAUUUAAACAACAGCAAAAAAAAAAAAAAAAAAAAGAAAAAAAAGAAAGCAGCUGGUCUUCGUCCCGUUCUUCCUUUGAAGGCGAAGACGGAUUAGACUGAUCUGUUUCCCGUCCAAAUCUGAGAAAUGAACACCAACAAAAGACUCGUCUUCAUCAGCUAAAACGUAUUCAAGACCAGCAAGAACUGGGAUCUUUUGGUGAAUAUUAACGGAAUCUAAGGCGACAGUGGUGGAGGAUGGCUGAUGGAAUAUCAAGUUUCUGGGGUCCUGUAACAUCUACGACAGAGUGCUGCGAGAGGAAUUAUGCUUAUUCUUCUUAUAUUGCUGAGUUUUAUAAUACGGUCUCAAACAUCCCAACCAUUCUUUUGGCUCUGAUAGGUCUUGCAAAUGCCUUGCGACAGCGUUUCGAGAAGAGAUUUAGUGUGCUUCACAUAUCAAACAUGAUACUAGCCAUUGGUAGUAUGUUCUACCAUGCCACAUUGCAAAAAGUGCAACAACAAGGUGAUGAAACACCAAUGAUCUGGGAGAUGCUUCUUUACAUGUACAUUCUCUAUUCACCAGAUUGGCAUUACCGAAGUACGAUGCCAACGUUUCUCUUCCUCUAUGGAGCCAUGUUCGCUGUGGCUCACUCAAUUCUUCGCUAUGACAUUGGUUUCAAGGUGCACUAUGUGAUUCUCUGUCUCCUCUGCAUACCUCGGAUGUACAAAUAUUAUAUAUACACAGAAGAUGCUUCGGCUAAGCGGUUAGCGAGGCUGUACUCAUUGACUCUUCUCUUAGGCACUUUCUGUUGGGUUAGCGAUCGGGGUUUGUGCGAGAAGAUAUCACACUGGAUAAUCAAUCCUCAAGGUCAUGCCCUGUGGCAUGUUUUCAUGGGUUUGAGUUCCUAUUAUGCGAACACAUUCUUAAUGUUUUGCCGGGCGCAACAAAGAGGAUGGUCCCCUAAAGUACUUCAUUUAAUGGGAGUUCUCCCCUACGUGAAGAUUGAGAAACCAAAAACACAAUAAGAAGACAAGACAGGCAAAAUUUUGACCUAUGUUGAGUGUUUCCAUGGAAGUAGUGAGAUUUAAAAGAAAAAAGAAAAAAAAAAAAAAACAAUCUUUUUGGCAAUGUUGUUUCUUUUCCUUCUUUUCACUAAGGAACGAAUAGAAACUUAGAUUUUUUGUAGUAAAAAACACUUAUGUAUUUUUGUUAAUUGACGUGGGGCAUUCUUAUUUCAGAAAACAUAUUGAUUUAA